GAAAAUAUUUUUUUUAUGAAUCUUGGCAAUUUUAAGUGCAUGUAUCAUGACAAUUUUAGUUUAUGGUGCAUGGCAAGUCUAAUUUCUUAAUUCUCCGUUUUAUAAUAUGUCAAAAUUUACUUUUAAAUGUAGAAGAAAAUAGUUGAAACAUAUCAUGGCAACUUCAGUGUAAAUAUCAUGGCAAUUCGUGUGCAAUAGACAUGGCAACUUUUAACCCAAAAAAAUUCGAAAUAUAUUGAUACGAGAUCUAGUUUGAAAGAUCUCGUCGCGAGGGAUUUAAUGGUGAAAACGGAUCUUCAAUCAGAUUUUUCAUUUAAGAGAUAAAACAUUUUAUAAACUGAAAAUCCAAAAAGAUUCCCACAUGCAUACAUGCAGUGACAUGGCGUAAUCUGUGUGUUAUAAGUCGUGUGGGCGGUUUUGGCUCCCACCACACGUGUGGGCGUUAGCGUUGUCCUUCCAUGUAGCAUUUGCUGUGUGCGGGAAAGAAAUCGGAAAGGAAGCACCUUGUUUCUUGUCGAUCUUUGAUUUCGUUCCUAAUCCUUCCCUCGUUCUUGGUAUUCUAAAGGCUAACGGCUCCAUGGGAGGAUAGAAUGGGUCCAGGCUGCAAGUGGGACUGAACUUGGACAUCCCACCACAACCCACUUAGAAGCAAACUCCGCAUUUUGCCGAACUGUAAACUGUGUUUGCAGGUUGCACGGGGGCGCUUAUGCAAGUUAAAAAAAGCGGCGGCAGAAUAGAAACCGUAAACAAACCCAUAAUAUUUAAAAAAAGUUGUUUCGUGCGAGAAAUUUAAUCAGCAGCUCGCCGGAGCUCGCUCGCAUAGAUGGUUCUUCUUCGCAUAAGUUCGUACACUCCACAUACAUACAUAUUAAAGGUCAGAAAUGCUAGACAGGGCCUACGCUACCGCACCACUACAACAAAAUUGAGCUCACCGGAGCUCCUGCGGUAGCUGCCCACCGGCGGCGAUCAGUCGGAGUUGGAGGAGUCGGAGUCGAGGUCGAUGUAGAUCUUCGCCUGCUCCGCCUUCAUCACGCGCAUGUCAGCCUCCUUCGAUGCGUGCACCUGCGAUGCCGUGACGCCCGUCUCGAAGAAGAGCCGCUCGUACUCGAGCUCGCGCCGGAUGCGCUCUUCCAUCUCCUCCUGCUCCCUCGCCGACCGCUCAAGGAGCUCCUCCUGCCCCGGGGGAGGUAGUCCUCGGGCCCGAUGACGCCUCGGCACGGCGGCGCAUCGGGCACGGCCUCCUCCGGCUCCCUCUUCACCGGAACGAGCCGCGAGCUCGAUGCGCCCGCGGAUGAGCACCCCGCGGACCAGUGGCCGGAUGAGCUCCCCACGGACCAGUUGCCGGAUGAGCUCCCCACGGACCAGUUGCCGGAUGAGCUCCCCACGGACCAGUUGCCGGAGGAGGCGUGGCGGCGACGGGCGAGCUCGAGAUCGAAAUCCUCGAGCUCGCGGCGGUUGAAGGCCGGCGGCGGCCGGGUACCGCGGUUGAGCCACCGACGUGCCCCCAGCUUGCGCGCGCCAUCGGAUCUGGCGCGGCGGCGACGCUCCGCCUCAUCCCCCAAGUCGUCCAUGGCGGUCGAAGGCUCCCCGGCGGCGACAAAUCGAGCGGCGCGGUGGGGAAUUGGGGGCAAACGCGGCUGCGGGGGGAUAGAGUUUCGACCCGCAUCUGCCCCGCAAACCCGCAGUUAUACUGGCUCGAGGGUAGCGUUUGCGGGCUGCGGCAAAAAUAUUUACAGGCCGGACACUGAUGCGGGCCCUGGUCUGGCCAGAAUAAUGGGCCGAGCCCGUAUAAUCGCCGGAAUUAUGCGGAUUCGCGCCGGAUGCAGGGUUUGCUAGAGUUGCUCUUAUUCCCACCAAGGUUUGGUGGGUGAUAACUAACAACCCAAUAAAUAUUAGGUGAAUUAUCUGGGCAUAAGUGGGAUCCCACUAAACAAACAUACAAAUGAUGGCUCCUCUUCACUGAAUCACACUUCGCACAUAGCCCAAGCAGGCAGAGGACUGGACGAGAUCAAGCAACAUGUUCCGUGCGAUGCAGGUCAUCCUCAGGGGGGGAGUCGUCGUGCUGCGCCGCGGUGGUGGCUGGCCUCAUCGGCCAAUGCGGCUACUCCACUGCCUUGAGCUCCCAGAGGUUGGCCAGGAAGGUGGCCGUGAUCACCGGCGCCGCUAGCGGCAUCGGCAAGGCGACAAUGGCGGAGUUUGUCAGGAACGGCGCCAAGGUCGUCCUCGCAGACGUCCAGGACGAUCUGGGCCGCGCCCGGACGGCUGAGCUCUGCGCCGACUCCGCGUCGUACAUCCGCUGCGACGUCAACGACGAGGCGCAGGUCGCCGCGGUGAUCGACCUUGACGUGGCCUGCCACGGCAAGCUGGACAUCAUGCUCAACAACACCGGCAUCAUGGGCUCGUUGGCGCGGCCCGAGCUGGGCGCGCUCGACCUUGCGGAUUUCGACGCCAUCAACAACCGGGCAUCAUGGCCGGGGUCAAGCACGUGGCCUGCGCCAUGGCGCCGCGCCGCUCGGGCAGUAUCAUCUGCACGGCCAGCAUCGCCGCACAGCAACGAGCCAUGCCCUACGUUGCCAGUGGUUUGUCUUUUUUCUGGAGAAGACAGUGUACACGAGGAUACGUUGGUGGCGAGGUGGGUUUACAGUGGGCUAAACGGGAUAGUCCACUUAAUUAUUUUGUUGUCCCACGGGUGCCCACCAAGGUGAUUAAGUGGGAUGGGCUGUGGCAGUCCCACUUAUGCCCACCCCCACCUGCAGCGUGAGAACGGGAUGUCUGGAAGAUGGAAUUGAAGAUCUUCUGAGUUGAUGGCGCUCUUCUUUGGAUUUCUUUUCUGUCAAGAGUGUUACAGCCACGGCGGCCUGGCCGGCGGCGUCGGAGUCCGCUGCGAUCCAGGGCCAUUGAGUUCGUGGAAUAGCCCUCGCCUCUGUGCGUGUGUAACCGCCGUCUCGGCAUGGCCCUUUUCUUUCGUUGUACGCUGAUAGAAUCGCUCCGCCGGGAGCGUGUUGAUAAUGUGGUACUCUCUCCGUCUAGGUGUAUAAGUCAUCUUACAAAAACCAAAUAAUCUUAAAACACUUAGCCAAGAUA